AUGGUUCACCAAACCUUUCCGCUCGGCACACGUAUCAACAACUAUGAAAUCGUCAAUGUAUUGGGCGAAGGUGCCUAUGGCCAAGUUUAUCUUGCCAAAGAUAUCCAUACUCGUCGGCUAUAUGCAAUCAAGUCACUUCGGCAACAACGGCUAGAUGAACGGCAAAGAGCUUUUCAACGCACCGAAAUUGGGCUGCAUUCGAAAUUAUCUGGCCAUCCACACAUUAUUCAACUUGAGCGUGUCAUUCGGGAACCCGAGCGAUGGACCCAUGUUGUGCUCGAAUAUGGACCUGAAGGCGAUUUGUUUUCAGCUAUUACCGAACGUGACAUUUAUGUCGGCAAUCAUGCAUUGAUUCGUCAUGUAUUCCUUCAGCUUAUUGACGCUGUCAGCUAUUGCCAUCAACAAGGUGUAUAUCAUCGCGACUUGAAACCUGAAAACAUCCUCGUCUUUGAUAAUGGUCGUACUGUAAAGCUCGCUGAUUUUGGACUUGCAACAACCGAACCCAUUACCAGUGAUUAUGGUUGUGGUAGCACAUUUUAUUUUUCACCUGAAUGCCAGGGCGAUCUUAGAAAAACAAGCAGCCAAAGACGAUCAGCAGCACGAGUUGGAUAUGCAACUGCCCCUAAUGACGUAUGGGCACUGGGUGUGAUUCUCAUCAACCUUGCAGCAGGCCGUAACCCCUGGCGACAGGCGUCGUUGACCGACGAGACUUUUUGCGCUUAUUUGGCCGACCCAAACUUUCUGCUAAAGAUCCUACCCAUCUCGCGUGAACUCAACCAGAUCCUCAAACGCAUCUUUUGUGUCGAUCCUCUACGUCGCAUCAGCCUUGACGAAUUGCGUGAACGCAUCAAGAGGUGUAAGCACUUUACUCGAACUCCUCAAGUGGAACGACUUGAAUCCAGAACCCGCCUCUCUGUGAACAGCAGCAUUCCAAAGGUUGUUCUUCCUCCUUCACCACCAGCUUCUCCUCGACACUCGUCUUCAUGGAAACAACAUCAUGCAAAGGCAACAACAGCUGCACAGGUUCAACAACAACAACAACAACAACAACGGCUUACGACACCACCUGUGUCGCAGGAUAAAGCUGUUGACGAUGAUGCUUUACUUCAAAACUUGUUGGCACUGCGUGUCUAA